CAUGAGGAAACAAUGAGAGGCAGGGGCCUUUCUAACUGAGUGAAGACAAGGAACUGGCCCCAGAAGCAAAGCUUUCAGCACCUGGAGUGUUUGGGCAGCCACCAACUCCUUCCCACCUGCUGUGCGCUCUGGAGAGGGUAUCCUGCUUCUUCCUGCCUGCAGUUUCUUCCAUAAUUUGUUCAUUAGGCAGAGCCCCCGGCUGCUACUGCACAACAUAAUAAGGCAGCAAUGAUCCAUCCUGACUGUGAGCCUCUAUUGGAGAUCCAGCUGGCGGAGGAGAUGUGCCUUUCUGACAUUUCAACCUUCCAUCUGGAGGAGGAGCCUGGGUGUCACUCCAUGUGGGACAACCUCUCCUGCUGGCCAGCCUCAGCUACUGGAGCAACAGUGGUUCUUCCUUGUCCAAAACUUCUGCUGCAGUAUGCAGACCAACCAGGGAAUGUGAGCCGACGGUGCACCGAUGAAGGUUGGACAGAGCUGCUGCACUCUUACUCUGAUGCAUGUGGCAUCAACAUGAGCAACAUGAAAGACAGCAUCGAGGGAAUAUUUCUGCAGGCAGUGAAGUUUAGUUACACAGUCGGACACAGCCUGUCUCUCCUGUCACUGAGUGCUGCCAUGGUCAUUCUCUGUCUCUUCAGGAAACUACACUGCACCAGGAACUACAUCCACAUGAACUUAUUUAUGUCCUUCAUUCUGAGAGCCAUCGCUGUGUUGAUGAAGGAUAGGGUGCUGUUUGACAAUGACUCUGACCAGUGCACCCUCUCCACGCCAUUGUGCAAGGUUGCAAUCGCCUUCUAUCAGUUCAGCAUCACGGCAAACUUCUUCUGGCUGCUGGCAGAAGGCAUCUACCUCCAUACGCUCAUUGUGGUCUUCUUCACUGAGAGGAAGUACUUCUGGUGGUACAUCGUGACAGCCUGGGGUACACCACUGUUGAUCACCGUCAGCUGGGUUCUUGCUAUGCUGUAUUACAAUGAUAUUGGGUGUUGGGAUUCGAUUGAUUCUCCAUUCCUGUGGAUCAUCAAUGCUCCAAUUUCACUGACAAUAUUGGUGAACUUUAUUCUGUUCAUAUCCAUCAUCCAAAUCCUGAUCCAGAAAGUAUACUCGUCAGACAGCAUAGGAAGCGAGUACAGGCAGUACGUGAGACUGGCUAAAUCCACACUGCUUCUCAUCCCACUGUUUGGGGUCAACUACAUCGUCUUUGUCUUUGUCCCUGACCGUUUGAACGACUACUUCAGGCUGGUCUUUGACCUGGCUCUGGGGUCCUUCCAGGGUUUCAUUGUUGCGAUCCUGUACUGUUUUUUGAAUGGAGAGGUGCAGCUGGAACUUGGCCGGAAGUGGCGGAGAUGGUGCACACAAUGGUACCUCACAGCCAACUCAAGAUACUGCUUCCCGUCCAUGGAGAACCACGCCACAAAGGAAGGCACCCAAAUAUCAAUGGUGUCCUGCUACAGCUCCCAAAUCCAAGCUGCUAACAAUGAUCACCCUGACCCAAACGUCACGACUGUGCAGUGAAGUGAAAGUUAGGUUGGGUUAGGGACGGAGGGUACCACGCCUUCCAACUUAAGCGGAGAUUUUCUGAGCAUUCAAUAUCAGCCACGCACAACAUGAAAUCUGACCAUAGUGUCAUAGGCAUACUUGUUUGACACCACAAGCCAUUAGAAAAUCAGCCUUAGAAGGUAAUGAUUAAGGUAAUUUAGCAUUUUUAUUCAAUGAUACUCAUUGCCAUAUGAAAUAAAAAAAUUGUUUCACUCUUGAGAUAGCUGUCAGUGGUGCCAGUAAAUGAAGACCUUGACGAAUCAUAUGAGGUUUCUCUGAGCAUUUCUGGACCUCCAUUAAAAUUUUAGACAUAGGAAUGCUGCACAGACAGAAAUUCAUAUUGUGUGGUGUACUGUAUGUGUGAUGCACUAACCUCUGAUCAUUCUAAGCCACUUCUAAAAUUCCGCUCCUUGGAUUUCACCAGAUUUGAAUUUCAGAAGUGAACUUUAACUGGAAAUGCUACUUCAUCAUAGUGUGAGCAGCAGAGAUCACAUUUCUGCUUGUUAUCUGCUUUGUAGGAUGUAAAAUAGACUCUUAGUUUUUAAAAUGAAUUUUAAUGUGAUUGCAUUUCUCAUCAAUCCAGUGAGCUUCGUGCUGAGGAUGGUUGUUUAGUUGUGUGCAGCCCUUUCAUCUCUAACCAAGCAGACAGGAUUCAAAUAUAAGCCAUAACCUUGCCUCAUUCACUGUGUGUGACACGUCUGUGAUGUUUCUGGGUGGUGACAAGAUGCUAUGUCAGUGAAAGAUGCUCCUUCAUUCCUGGCAAGUGUCUCAUCACAGGGCUUCUAAUCCCAUCUAUCAGUCGUGAUUCCUGGAGCUGCCAGUAUAGUCUAUUCAUAGAAUCACAGAACACGCUAACAGGCCCUUCAGCCCGUCAAGUCUUUCCUGUUCUUCAGAUUCCUGUCCACACUAAUCCUACACUAUUCUCCCCACAUUCCCAUCAACUUCUAAACCCUCAGUUACGCAUUAGGAUCAAUUUACAACGUCUAUCUAUCUGAGCACUCGGUACGUCUUUGGGAUGCAAGAGAAAACUGGAGCAUCCAGAGGAGGCCACAGAGUCGCAGGGUGAGCGGGCAAACUUCCCACAGGCAGGCAGCAUUGGAGGAGAGGACUGGAUGCAGGUUGCUGGAGCUGUGAGAUACAACCUUUGGUGAUGCUGACCAUAUAAUUCACAAUAAGGGAGCUGGGUCAAUUGGGAAAAAGGGGAGCAGUGGAGGGGCAGAGCAGUAGCCCGGGCAGCAGAUCAGUAGAGCUAGGGGAGUUGGGGGGAGGGUGUAAGCAGAAAGUCUGGGAGUGGGAGUGAGCACUGAGGAUAGAAUUUUGGAGCUGGUGUGUGGAAGAUAUGUAAGUCAGGAGUGAAGCAGUAAGGCUGAGAGUGAGAAAGGUAGAAAGAAGUUGAGCAUGUAGCCAAGAGCCACAAGGAACUGACCGUUGCCACCCAGAAUCCUUAUCUGGAUCCCCGAUAUUUUACUGUGCUUCACUGUAGCCAUCAUGGAGAGCAAAUUAACCCCAUAGUAUAAACUACCUUCCCCAUCACACACCUGCUCCAUCAGCCACUUUCUUGGGAGGUCUUUCCCUGUCUGGUGAUCCUUAUCACAUAGAGGAAAAAAAGAUUACUCUGUACAGUUGCUGAGACAGUGAAGUUAAAGACCAUCAACCAGUAAUUUAUACACUGUAGUUGUUUAUUUUGGUGCAAUACAACAACAAAUGGCAAAUAAAAGGCAUAAAAUGCAAAUGUCCUCAGGUGUGUGAAAGCUUUGAAAUGAUGAUAAUGAAUGCUACCAAUUCUGGAAAUUUCUAUUAGUUUCAAGUUCAAGUUUAAUUGUCAUGCAACCAUACAUAAAUACCCAUGAGUACAGUCAAAUGAAACAGCAUUUACUCUGGGGCCAAGGUGCAAAACACAGUACCAACAGUCACAUAUAACACAUAAUAUAUCAGUAGAAUACAGACACACAAAAAAAUAUAGUCCAAGUCGCUAAGUCCUUGAAUGCUGCAACAGUUUGCAGUCGAACACAAUCCAACUUGUCUUCAGCCGAGCGAAAACUGAUGGGGGGGCAGCACCAACUCCCAAGAAUGUGCUUUGAUCUGUCCAUGCCCAGGGUCUUUUCUGCACAGCUACAUUACCCGAGGGGAACUGUCCAGACUGCAGAGGAGCAGAAGGGGUGAGUUGUCACCAGAGCAUCCUGACCUGAAGAGUGCAAUGCACCAACAGAGGUGUCUUUACAACAGCCAUGUAUACGCAAUCCUUUAACACUCUCUUACACAUAUACACGGUACUGCUUCCUCAUCGAGCC